UUGUAUGGUAGCAUACGAAAAAUUAAUUAAUUGUUUGUUUUAUUAUAUUUGAUUGACUAUAUUAAAAUGAUUAGUUCAAUAAUUUUAUUUUGCUUAUUACCAAUUAUUGGAGCGGCGCUUGCACAAACUACCCUUGAUACAUCAAACCUAGUAGAAAAUGAUAUAGUUUUCGCCGCACAAAGCACGUGCGUUCGAAGUUUCAACAAAAAACAACGGAGUAAACGGGUUGUAGGAGGAACAGAAUCUCACUUAGGUGAUUGGCCUUGGAUAGUAGCUCUUGGAUACCAAAGUUCUGAUGAUAGUAUUACAAAGUGGCAAUGUGCUGGUACGUUAAUAACAAAUAAACACGUGCUGACUGCUGCUCAUUGCGUUGUCGAUCUUGGAAAUUCAAAACUGAUUACGGCACGCUUAGGUGAAUUGGAUUUCAAUGAAGCCAUCAGGGACGGAUCAAAGACAUUGGAUGUUCCGAUUAAACGAAUAAUAAUUAACACGGAUUUCGACCCGAUUACAAUAACCAAUGAUAUUGCGCUAUUGGUAUUAAGUGAAAGUGUUUCAUUUACAGAAUAUAUCAGACCGAUAUGCUUGCCAACAACAUUGCAGGGUUGGGAUAAUGUUAACUUCGAUGGUACUAGCUUGAUUGUUAUCGGUUGGGGCCGUACUAACAAUGAUAAAUACUCAGAAAUACCAACUUCUCUGAGGGAAGUUAAAGUCCCAUUAAUAACUUUAGGCAAAUGUAGAGCAGCGUAUAUCGACCAAAUAAAUGUGAUUGACUCCACUAUUAUAUGUGCUGGAGCAGAAGGAAAAGACGCUUGCCAGGGCGAUUCUGGAGGCCCGCUAAUGUUCCAAGAAAACGAUCAAUAUUAUUUGAUGGGCGUAGUUUCAUAUGGACCUAAAGAGUGUGGGAAAUCAGGUCGGCCUGGAGUGUAUACCAGAGUGACAUCCUUUAGCGAUUGGAUACUAAAAAAAAUAAAAGAACCCUAAAGAUUUUUGUAGAUAUUUUAUGAUUCGAACAAAUCUAUGAAUUUCUUGACUCUUUUACCAUGCGACCGAUGCAAAAUGUCCAUUAUCUCCAGUACGGCCUAGUUACGGGGUAUUAGAAUGAUUGGCCGUCGUCUUCAUAAGUUGAAUCAUCUCUUGUCAUGUAUGCGUGUCGUAAUGUCAUAUAUGGUGGAAUACCAUUUUGAGUAACUUUUAAAAGAUGAGCAAAGAAUAUACGUAUGAAGGAUUAUUAUUACGGACUGGAUUAUUUAAGAAGUAAUGAAAACUAUGAGAUUGAAAAUGAUUAUUUUAGUUUUAUCUUGAGUAACAUUUAGUUUUAUAAGAAAUAUCUUUGUAUAACCAUAUAAUCAUGUCAAUUUAUGUAUAA